AGCCUCCGCGCCUUCCUUUCUGCUCCGCCGGCCGGCAGUAUGGCGCCCGCUAAGAAGGGCGGCGAGAAAAAGAAGGGCCGCUCGGCCAUCAACGAAGUGGUGACGCGCGAGUACACCAUCAACAUCCACAAGCGCAUCCACGGCGUGGGCUUCAAGAAGCGCGCGCCCCGGGCACUCAAGGAGAUCCGCAAGUUCGCCAUGAAGGAGAUGGGCACCCCUGACGUGCGCAUCGAUACGCGGCUCAACAAGGCCGUCUGGGCCAAGGGCAUCAGGAAUGUCCCAUACCGGAUCCGUGUACGUUUGUCCAGAAAGCGUAACGAGGACGAAGAUUCACCAAACAAACUUUACACCCUGGUUACCUAUGUGCCCGUCACCACAUUCAAAAAUCUGCAGACAGUCAAUGUGGAUGAGAACUAAGCUGAUGACUCAAUAAAGCUACAAAAUGACA